UACAUAUGAUUUGCAUUUCUCCAAAUUAAUUAUAAAAUCAGAUAAACAACGUUGUUUGUGCGAACUUAUAAAAGACAAAAUCGCCUCUUAUUCAGCAUAUUUCAGUCAAGUUUCAGUGAGUGAAAAUGACUUCAUACACAGACAAAGGCCCUAAGCCAACCAAUGGCAAAUUUUUAUGUUUCGACCAUUUAACAUUUUACGUCGGAAAUGCCAAACAAGCCGCCAGUUACUACAUCACAAGAUUGGGCUUCGAGCCUUUGGCUUACAAAGGCCUGGAGAGUGGAAGUCGCAAAUAUGCCGCCCACGUCGUCCGCCAGAACAAAGUCAUUUUCGUCUUCAUGUCCCCUUACGAACCGGGGGAUCACGAGGUGGGCCCCCAUUUAGUCAAACACGGGGACGGCGUGAAGGACAUCGCGAUGGCUGUGGAAGAUUUGGAAGGAAUCGUUACGAGAGCCAAACAAAAAGGUGCCAAAAUACUGAAAGAUAUUUGGGAGGAGAGCGAUUUCCACGGGAUUGUUCGUUUCGCCAAAAUUCAAACGUACGGGGACACGACGCACACUUUCAUCGACCGCAGUCUCUACCGGGGCCCCUUUUUGCCCGGCUACAUCAUGUGCCAGGAGGACAAGUUGGCAAAAAACUUGCCCGCUGGUAAAUUGGACUUCAUUGACCACAUCGUGGGCAAUCAGCCCGAUGGUGAGAUGGAGUCCAUCGCGAAAUGGUACGAGACGGUCCUGCAAUUCCACCGGUUUUGGUCCGUCGACGACAAGCAAGUCCACACCGAAUAUUCGGCGUUACGGUCCAUUGUGAUGAGCAACUGGGAGGAGAACGUCAAACUGCCCAUCAACGAGCCCGCUCCUGGCAAGAAGAAGAGCCAAAUCGAGGAGUACGUGGAGUACUAUGGGGGCGCCGGGGUGCAGCACAUCGCGCUCAACACCCAAGACAUCAUCACCUCGGUGCAAAAUCUGAUGGGGCGAGGGGUCGAGUUCCUCCAAGUCCCGGACAGCUACUACGACAUUCUUCGCGACAAGCUGAAGCACAGCAAAGUGAAGAUCGCCGAAGACUUGAACAUUUUGCAAAAACUGAAGAUUUUGAUCGACUACGACGACCAAGGGUAUUUGUUGCAGAUCUUCACCAAGAAUAUGCAAGACCGACCGACGCUCUUCUUGGAAGUGAUCCAAAGAAGGAACCACAAUGGAUUUGGGGCCGGGAAUUUCAAGGCUUUGUUCGAGGCGAUUGAAAUAGAACAAGCGAAGCGAGGAAAUUUGUAAUAGUAUAAUAUAAUGUUUAAUAAAUUUUAUUUCUUAUUGAAAA